AUGACCACUCCUGCAGAUCCAACGAUCAAAAGGUCCUUGGUUCCGUACGCGUUAUACUCUCAUCCGUGGGCACUCUACGUAAUUGGCACUCCCAUCGGGAAUCUGGGGGACCUCACCCUCAGGGCCAGCCGCAUCCUGUCCUCCGUGCCCCUCGUGGCUGCCGAGGACACCCGCGUCACCCGCCGCCUGCUGGCCCAUCUCGACGCCCACCCGCGCCUGCUCAGCUGCCACGAGCACAACUGGAAACGGCAACUGCCCCGCCUGCUGGAGGCGCUCGAUGAAGGCGAUGUCGCCCUGGCCACUGACGCGGGCUCUCCGGCCAUCAGCGACCCUGGAGCCGGCCUGGUCGCCGCUGUCGCCGAAGCCGGUCACUCAGUGGUCACCAUCCCCGGCGUCUCCGCCGUCACGGCCGCCCUAUCCGUCGCUGGUUUCCCCGCCGACCAAUUCCAGUUCCUCGGCUUCCUGCCCCGCCGUCGUUCCAACCGCUCUACGACACUGACCGACGCCGCUCGCUUGGGCCAGACUCUCGUGCUGUUCGAAUCUCCUCACCGGCUUCGGGCGACGCUAACCGACAUCGCCGAUGCUUUGAACGACCCACCCAUUGCGGUGUGUCGCGAGCUCACCAAGCUGCACGAGGAGAUCUGGCGCGGCAACACCUCCGACGCCCUGGCCUACUUCGCCGCGCCACGCGGGGAGUUCACCGUCGUCAUCGGUCCCGGUCACCCUCGACGCACCGGAUCAGACCGCCAGCCAGGACGAACUGCUGCAAACGGCCCGCCACACACUGGCGGAACACCGCGCCGCCGGCAAACGCGGGCGCGACGCGGUGGCCGAGGUCGUCGCCUCUACCGGCCUCCCGCGCCGCGCCGUCUAUGCCCUGUGGGUUGA